CCAAUCAAAGCGCAUGACGUUUUGAGUGACAUAUAUCAGAACCAAUCAUCGUUACGUAGCAACCAUUACAACCAAUGUGCACUCGUGUUUACUCUUAAGGCGUCACUUACUGUUCAGGAAGUUUUUCCCCUGGCUGCUGUGAGUGCAUGCAAGUCUGCAUGGACUCCACCCAGCAGAUCGAGGACUCUUUCUUCGGAGAGCAGGAUGACUCCGGUGAUGAACAUGAGCUGGCAGAGGGAGAGAGUCAAAGAGAGCCACUGGCUGUACUGAAAGUUUUCAAAAACAACCACAUCCCAGAGACAGAGGUGCCUCUCUACCAGGGAGAGAACGUUUUAGGGAGAGACCCUUCAGCUUGCUCCGUGCCUCUCCAAGCUCGUUCUGUAUCCAGCCGCCAUGCCGUCAUCUCCAUCUCUGUGUUUGGUCCUAAUAACCGUCACGGUCACAGUGAAGACGUAGAAACCCUGCUGUGGGACCUGGGCAGUUUAAAUGGCACCAGGAAGGGACGACUUAAACUGAGUCCACAAGUACGCUACGCGCUGACUGAGGGAGACAGCGUGGUGCUCGCUGAUCUGCCCUGUCAGUACGUCAGCCUGAAGAACACAGAGAGAAACACGCACACAUCCGCCGGUGACAAAGCUACACGUUCGUCAUCUUCUAGCGGUAGCACCGAAGGAGGAGCUGUGAACAGAGUGGACAAAGGGAGGAAGAAGACUCUUCUUCCUCCUGUGCCAGUUUGGAGCGAUGAAGCGAAAAGAAGCGAGCCGACCCUGGUGCCUGAGUCCGACUCAGACUCUGAUGGAGAGAAGCAUGGAAGAAGAGAGAGGAGGAGAAUUGUGGCCUCGGACUCGGCAUCUUCAGACUUUUCCAGCCCGACAUGUUCGGCAUUUCUGACCCCUGCAAACAAAAUCAUACCAGAGAGUGAGGAUGAGAGUUCUAUUACCCCAUCCUCAGCAUUGACGGGUAGAUGUCCGAAGACAGGGAAUGACACCGAAUUCUCUUCAGAUUCCUCUAAACCCGGUCCACUGCACUUUAGCAUAGAUAGCGAUACAGAUGUCGAGGAUGAUGACAUGGAAAUGACGAAGGCUAAGCCAGCGAUCGAGGCUGCUGUCAUGGCGGAAGUGCCCGCUGUGAAUCCUGCUGAUCUGCACAUGGACAGUGACACUGAUGUAGAGGAGGAAGACAUGGAGAAGGUCAAGACUGAUUCAGAAGCUUUAGUAAGACCACCUGCAAAACAGGACCUGGUAGAUCCAGCUGUUCUGACCAUGGACAGCGAUACAGAUGUUGAGGAUGAUGACAUGGAAAUGACGAAGGCUAAGCCAGCGAUCGAGGCUGCUGUCACGGCAGAAGUGCCCGCUGUAAAUCCUGCUGAUCUGCACGUGGACAGUGACACUGAUGUAGAGGAGGAAGAUAUGAAGGUCAAGAGUGAUUCAGAAGCUUUAGGAAAAGCACCUGCAAAACAGGACCUGGUAGAUCCAGCUGCUCUGACCAUGGACAGUGAUACAGAUGUGGCGGAGAACAAGACAAGACAUGACGUAGCUUCAAUUUCUGGACCCGCUGCUGCCCUAGAAGAGAAGAAAGAAGCAUUGAGUUCUGCUCAGUUAAACUUGGAGAGCGAUACCGAUGAUGAGGAUGUUCCUCACAUCCAAGACUCCAGACCUCCAAACUGCCAUGUAGCCGAAUUCAACAUGAACAGCGAUACCGAUGUGGACGAAGACGAGGAGACGACAAAAGUGACUGACGGCAAGCAUCUGGUGAAACAAGACAACGAUUUUCCAGAUGCCAGAAUAUUACGUCACGAGUCAGACAGCGAUACGGAUGUAGAGGAUGAUGGCGCUAAGAUCGGAACUCCCACUGUAGCCAAAGAGACAGGAACCUCUCAGACCGCCGGUGAACGCAACACAGACACACAGCAUGGCAGUUCUGUUCGACUUCAGUCUCCUGCUGAAACUCUGCCAGAUGAGCUCAGGCUAAACAGCGACACGGACAUGGAGGAGGAUGAAGAUGAGACCGAGGAGAAAGCGCAGAAGUGUGCAGAAGGAUCAUUACAGACUGUCCAGUCGUCUACACCAAGAGGAGCAGGCUUGUCUGAAGAGGAGAAGGAAACACAAGCAUUCCUUAGUCCAUCCCAACUGUUCAAACGGCCGGGUCUCCCCUCUCUCCUCCACCCUUUUGUCUCUCCUGGAGGUGUCAGUCACACAGAUGAUGACUUUGCUGUGGCAGAGACGCAGUCCUUCGUGUGUGAUGCUGCUCAAGCUGAUGGUACACUAGACGAGACACCACAGUCGCUGGAUGUCCCUGAACCUCAGCGCUCAGACGGAGCCUCAUCUUUCCAGCUGGACCUUUCAGGUAGCAGCCAUCAACCGCAAGAGGCUGAAGAACUUGACCGGGAACCUGAAGAGGAGGACUGGCAACUACAGUCCACUCAGUUAUACGCAAUGAAAAAUUCAGAAGGCAGCACUAAAGCUGGGCAAACACAGCUGGAUCUGGAUGCCACGCAGGCUUACAUCGAGUCUUCAAGCCAAGAAGAAGAGGGAGACGAAGGAAAAGAUGAAGGAGAGGAUGAGACGCCGCUCCUCGCUGCACUGUGUCACUCCAGCAUCCACACUGCUGAAACACCGCUCAUCAAACAUGGAGCCCAGAAAGAAGAUCUUGAAUCUAAUGAGGAGGUCGGUGCUAGUGAACCAGAAAGAAAGGAAGAAGAGAUCCAAGCGGAUUCUCAUCUCUCUACCGCAGACACGCUGCUGAUCAUCAGGAGCCCGAGGCAGGAGGAGCAGACGCAACCCUACACUGUACUCACUGAGAAAUUUCAGAAUGAACGCGAGGAGACGGAGAGCAAGGAUCAAGAGGUACAAGACAGAGACGAGGGACAGAAUGAAAUGGAAAAAAGUGUGGGACAAGAGAAUGAUGACGGGAGCGAGAUCAAAAGAAAUGAAAGAACGGUGACGGAGAACGGAGACGUUAGAAACCAGGUAGAAGAUGUGAAGAAGGAAAGAGACGAGAAUAAAAGAGGAGAAAAUGAAGUAGGUGAAGCACGAACGCAGCCUGCUGAGGAUGAUACCAUUGUUGAAACACUGCCCAUGUGCGAGGAGGAGGACGAAGAAGGACAUGAAGAGCAUGAGGAUGUUCCCAGCUUCAGCAGAGGAACAUGGUCUGCUCAGGUUGAGUCAACACAGCGCAUUGAGCCUGAUCAUCAGACUCGCGCUGCUAUCACCAUUGCCGAAACACUGCCUAUGUGUGAGGAAGAAGAGGGACAGGAGGAAGAGGAGAAUGAACUUAAGAAUAGCAGAAGACCUGGCAGGAGGAGAAAAAAGCAGGAGGCACCGGAACAGUCUGCUGAGUCUGAUAAAGUUGCCAGUGCAACCGUUUCUGAGACGCUGCCUAUGUGUGAGGAAGAAGAGGGACAGGAGGAAGAGGAGAACGAACUUAAGAAUAGCAGAAGACCCGGCAGGAGGAGAAAAAAGCAGGAGGCACCGAAACUGCCUGUUGAGUCUGAUCUAGAUGCCAGUACGACCAUUUCUGAAACGCUGCCUAUGUGCGAGGUAGAAGAGGGACGGGAGGAAGAGGAGAACAAACUUAAGAAUAGUAGAAGACCUGGUAGAAGGAGACCAACGGAGGAGGCACCGAAACAGUCUGUCGAGUCUGAUAAAGUUACCAGUGCGACCAUUUCCGAGACACUGCCAAUGUGUGAGGAGGAUGACAAGGGAGAAGAGGAAGAGCAACCGAGUAAAGUCUUGUCUACCAAGAGAUCUGGCAUGAGGAGACAAAAUCCUAAGGCAAAUCACAGAAGGCCCGUCGAGGUUCCCGAAACCUUACCGAUGUGUGAGGAAGAAGAAGGACAGGAGGAAAAGCCACAGAGUGAAGUCAAGUCUGUUAGAAAAUCCCACAGAGGAAGGCAGACUUCUAAAUCCGAGGCCACACAAUCUGUGGAGGCCGACUCUACUGCUGAAGCUACGAAACCUCAAAGGGAGGAGGAGGAAGAGCAAAAUAGUAGAAGGAGUCUGAGAGUACAAGAAAGAGGAAGAGCAGCAUCUGUAAAGGGUAAGGGUAGAGGAAGAGCUGCUGCAGGGAAAGACAGGGCAGGAAAGAGAGGGAAAGUAGAGAAAGAUGAAGAGAGUGAAGAAGACAUAGACAAUGGGAGCAAAGGAGGAGGUGGAAAGAAGCUGAAGCAGAACUCCAAAGAUGACGACAAGACCAGACUCGGGUUAGCGCAAGCGGAAAAUGAAGAAAAGGAACGGUUAAAAAAGCAAGAGGACAAAGAAGAAAUCAAGAGACUACAGAAGGAGAGGGAGGAGAGAGAGGAACGUGAAAAGAAGGAGCAAGAAAAGAAGGACAGAUUGGAGAGAGAGAGAAUAGACAGAGAGAAGAAGGAAAGAGAACAGAAAGAACAGUUUGAAAGGGAGAUGAAAGAAAAAGAGGAAAAAGAAAGGCUCGAAAGGAAACAGCAGCUGGAAAAAGAAAGGAGAGAACAAGAAGAAAAAGACAGGUUAGAGCAAGAGAGGGAGGAGAGAGAGAAUAAGGAAAAGGAAGAAAAUGAGAAACUUGAAAAGGAGAGAAGGGAAAGACAAGAACUUGAGGAGAAAAUUGAACUUGAAAGGAAAGAACAAGAAGAAAAAGAUGCAUUAGCAAGAGAAAAAAGGGAGAGAGAAGAGAAAGAAAUGAAGGAAGAGGAGGAAAAUCAAGGGAGAAAAAUGAAACAGAAGGAGAAACGAGGUAAAGACAAUACUGAGGGUGAGGAAAAAGACAAGAGACCAGCACCCGGAAGACGGAAAGCAGAAAUAAAAGGGAAAAAAAGCAGGAAAGACGAGGAUCAAGAAUUAGCAGAAGGAAUAAAAGAAAGACUGGAGAGCGAACAAGAACCAGGUGAACGACAAAAACAAGAAUGUGAAGAAAGCAGCAGUAAAACGCAAGAGGAUGAACAAGCUGGGAGCGACUCCAAACCCAGGCGAGGCCGACGCACUGCCAGGAAAUCUCUCGCUCCACCUGCUGGCAUGGAGGACGAAGGCGGUCCUGCUAAAAGAACUCGCUCGCGCUCCAACUCCUCCAACUCUGUGUGUUCCGAGCAGUCCACUCAGGAUAGCCUGUGCGAAGGAAGAAGAAGAGGGAGAAGAAGAACUAGCACAGUGCCCUCUAGUGAGAAGAAGGACACACAGCAAGCUGUUCACUCUAACUUCAGGAGCUCAGACAGAUCCAGCAUAAGUGUGGCCCCUCAGGGCCGAGGCAGGGCAGCGAAGAGGAAGAGUGGGAAACCUGAUGAGCAGGAGGAACAUAUGGAGGAGGAGGAGGAGAGAAAACAGUCAGCAGCUGUGGGGAGAGGAAGAGGUGGGAAACGUUCUGGUGCAGAUGACAUUAAAGUUGAGGCAGAGAAAGAGGAGGAGUCUCUACCUGCUGAGGACAGGGUUAAGAGCCAAACCAGCAGCAGGGGCCGGAAAAGAGGCGCUGAUGUUUCUACAGCAGAAGCUCCUCUGCCGACCCCAAAAACCCCUCGCCGCUCUUUAACUGGACCAACACACAAGGUUCUGUUUACAGGAGUAGUGGAUGAGGACGGGGAGAAGGCGCUGGUGCGUCUAGGAGGAGGGCUGGCAAAAGGUGUGGCUGACAUGACUCACCUUGUGACCGACAAAGUCCGUCGUACCGUUAAGUUCCUGUGCGCUGUAGCCCGCGGCGUGUCCAUCGUUACCCCUGACUGGCUAAUUAAGUCUGCUAAAGCAGGAAGCUUUCUCUCGCCUAAUGGAUUCUUAGUAAAAGAUGCAGAGCAAGAGAAGAAAUUUAACUUCAGUCUGCAGGAUGCACUGGGAGUAGCCAGCUCUCAGCCCUUAUUACAGGGCUAUGAAAUACAUGUCACACCCUCUGUGAAGCCUGAACCAGCUCAAAUGAAAGAAAUCAUUACUUGCUGUGGGGCACGUUUUCUUCCUAAAAUGCCCUCUGCUCAUAAGGCUCAGACAGUGGUGGUGGUGUCAUGUGAAGAGGACAGAGCUCUGUGUGAAAGAGCUCGGAGUUUGUCUUUUCCUGUGGUUAGUGCUGAGUUCCUACUGACUGGCAUUCUACAGCAAAAAGUGGACUUGCAAACACACAGACUUUCUGCAACACCCGCUGCCGCAGCACCCAAAACUAAUGCCCGCACACGUGGGAAGUAGUCGAGUCCACUUCUGUGAGGAAUAACAUGCAACUAGAUUUCUUCAGUGUGCUUCAGGUCAUUAUUAACAGCUGCUGUUAACCGAGAUGUCGACCAAUCUUUCAUACAGCUGUCAAGAACUGUCAAGUAUCAAGCUACACUCUUAGUCAAAGCUAGUAUUUAACUUUACCUUUCCUUGUUGUUGGGUUGACAGCUUUGAGGGUACACCUUUGGUCUUUUGAUCUGCAUCUUUUACCUGCAAAUGUGGAAAAAUUUACCUUUUUUUAAAAGAUUUAAUUACAUAAACGACUGUAUUUAAUUUUUAGCAUGAAGCUUUAAAGAUACAUUAUGUACAUCCCAGGUCGCAAACUGAUGUUGGACAAUGUCAGCCAUUUUAUCCGGCUAAGUUGGGUGCCAGGGCUGACGGCCACCUUUAAAGAUCUCUUGCCAAUGUCUUGGCAGUUUUGGCUGACGUGUUAUAUCAUGGUCGUGUGCCACUUUUAAAUCCAUGUUAUGAAAUAUAUGCCUUUGUUAACAUUGGGGCAAUAUCAGCCAGGUUCUUCUGAAAACUGUUCCGUUAAUCAACGAUGCCAGUGUUAGGCCAGAUUUAUGUUUUCAAUCACCUUUUUCCAAUAAAGAGAGACAUUGCAAAGGUUAUGGAAGAUUUUACACGUGAAGGCACCACCCCAGGCUGCAGCAUCCCAUGUGAAUAAACCUUUUGUCAACUAUGAA